AAAAAAAAAAAAAAGUAGGGUACUUUUUCACGUUUUAGAUUAGGAAAUCCUCUUAACAAGUUAGCAUAAAAUUUACAGAGGACAUUAUUCUCUUUCGGUUUAACUGUACUUUGUGAUACAUCUCGACGAGCUUUCAGCGAUAAAUAGCGUUUUCGCCGAGAGUUAAUCCGGAGCCAGGUCGCAAACCUGGUAAUUGUCUAUCAAGAGAAUUGGAGUCGACGGAGACAUCGCCUUGUUUUACGUCGGUCGGAAACUGAAUAGAACUCAGUUAAUAAUAAACUCAUAAAAAAGAUCAUUUAAAACUUCAAAAUAAUUACACGGCAUGGAGUAUUUAAACCAUUUCUCAUGAAACGAAUAUUAUCCGUCACGAAGCGUAAUGUACAUAUUGCUUCUCCGUAGAAAUUGCUGUCACGCGCAGAAACGAACGCAGAGACACAUAUGUCAAAGUAUUCACGGAUAAUUUAUAACUGUGUUUUAAACAAAGAUAAAUCAAGUUAAAAUUAUAAUACUAUAAUUUUUUCGUGCAGAGUCGAAGCUUUUUUUGAAAAUCUCUGAAAAUCUAUUUAAGACUUCUAAACAUUUUUUAAAUAUCAUAACGUUAUAAUUAAAUUAUAUAUUAAUAAAAUUAAUUUAAAUUACAUUCUCGUUAUUUGUUCUCAAUCGCAAUGUGAUUUUAUCUUUUUGUUUUUAAUUUUUGUUCUAACAGAAUUGCGAAGCAUUUUUUAAAUAUCUCUUUCAUUACUUUAUCAAAUUUUAUUACUUGGACAUAUAAUCAUAUGUUACGUAUAAUAUUAUUUAGAUUAGGUCAGAGUCAGUCUUGCGUUUUAUACGGAUCAUAUAUAGUAUUACCCGUGACUUCGUUGACUUAUGUGCCACCUUCGCGAAUUUCCUGGCAGUCGCCACAAUGGCGAACGAAAAUAACAGAGCGUCGUGUUUAGGAAUCGCACAAGACAGCUCUAUAAUGCCCGGCCGUCUAUUUUCAAAGUAAUAAAACUUGGUGGAGAAAUAGGGGUGCGCGAACAUCUAUUUUCUACACACACGGCAUCAUCGUUUAAUAAUCAAUCAUCGCGAAAGUCGUCAUAUUAAAAUGGAACUUUGACUUUACAGCUGAUGGAUGUCCUUCGGAAAAAUGCUGCCAUAAUUUAAAUCUACCGUGACCCACUAGCGAUUAUCGUUGCGAAUUGUAGAUGCGCUAAUACUCGUGCUUACAUAGCAAUACUUAGGAUAACUGGAAUUGACCUCAUUUAUCUAAAUGUACAUUGAAAUUAUAUCAUUAUCAUUUCUGUAAUGUGAAAUUAAAGCUGCAAAGACACCGUUGUUGAAAUAAUUGAAGAAAGUCUUUUGUCGGAUACAAAUACGGUGUAUCCUUAAGCUCGGACGCGAGUGCAUUGAACUAUGGAAAUUACUGGAAAUGGGGAAUCGCGUGUUUGCGAAAUAGCCAGUUAAUGUCCUGAUAGCCCGGUGACACAUCUCUGAAAGAAGACCGCAAACUUUUCCAAGCUUUAAGUUAGGCUCGUAGUUUAAUCGCGACGUUAUCAAGGGGCAGUUAUCGGUUCGUUAUUAUUUAUUUGUCUCGAAAUUGACGCAAUAUACGUUUGAUAACGACGAGAUACUGGAGUGCGACACGCGGAGUGCGACGUGCGUAAUAACAUCGAACGUGUGGUGUCGAACGAGGGAGUUACGGAACACGCUUCGAUGAAAUUGAUUCUUCGUUUCUUCUAUUUUCGUCGCGAGUGCCGGGGACGAGUCACGAAAACCACAUUUUCACCAACACGCCGCAAUUACGGCCGAUCGAGGGCUCGAGAUUAUAACCCGGUCUGAUUGAAAGUUUUCGAUGGAAAUUCCGAGGGUGGGCGGGUGUAUCUCUCGCAGCCCUCGCAGGGCUUUCGUGCCGAGUGGUAGUUAUUCACUCGGUGCUCGGGUGUGCAACGUUGGAAAGCUCUCGGUGUUAAUCACUCCCUCGGAAGGAGGACCGUUUCGUACCAAAUCGCGAUAUAUAACAUUCCUCACGUGCAUGUUUCCGCCAGUUCCUUUCUCUCUUCCUCUUCCCUCGAAUGCCCGCUGUGCCAACGAAGGCGGAGAAGUAGUGGGAAGAUAACUCUCUGCACUCCGAAUUCGAGUAGUUCAACGCACCGCAGAUAGACCGUUAAAUAACGUUAAAUGUAUUACGUUCUCUAACAGCCCUGUAAACUUUCCGAGUUAGGAACUUCCGUCGGCCGAGUGACUGUUGCAAUGCUCGAGCGCGAAUGUUAUCAGGAACAAUUUGAGGCCUUGAGAAACUUGGCGCCGAACGUCGACGCUGGGAAAUUGUCGCAAUUGUUAUCGUGUGCUCACGCGCUAGUUACUCAAGAAGCUGUCACCAUAGGCCUACCAGAUUUUCCUUUGGACAAUUUGUCGUCGGCCGCUUUAAUUAUGGACAAAAGCCCAGACUUGUCGGUGUACGACGUUUUCUAUAGGUUUUAUCCGUACAAACUAUUCUUGGGCAAAGAAGGUCAAAACGCCGUGGAGGAUAUCCUUGGAACAUUUAGCGUAUUGAGCAAUUCUAAAACGAAUUGUGACAUUAUUAGUAAAGUAGACAGUACCAAAAAAGCUGAUGAUCUCUUGGAGAUCAGCAUAAAACGCAAUAACUCGAAAACAAGUUUUCACGUACCCUGCGGCAUGAGCCAAUUAUCGAGUAGCGCGAAUAAUGAUCAUUAUAUAGAGACUAAUUAUCAGAAUAACUUGUUGGCAAGCAUGCUGGAAUCCCAUUUGGCGUCCGAUUUCUGCUUGAUCGGACCGAAAGGCUGCGGCAAAUCCACCACCGUCCGACGGCUCGCAGAUUUAUUAGGGUAUCAAGUGGAGCCAAUAGUACUUUAUCAGGAUAUGACUUCCAGGGACCUGAUACAACAACGGACCACGUCGCUUAACGGCGACACGGUCUGGAGAGAUUCGCCGCUGGUCGACGCGGCUCUCCACGGCAAACUGGCCGUGCUGGAUGGCAUCAACAGGAUACAUUCCAGUACCUUAGCUAUAUUGCACAGACUAGUCCACAAUCGGGAGCUGCAGUUGCACGACGGUAAGCGGCUCAUACGAGCCGAUCGUUACGACGAAAUAAAGAAAGAGUAUAACAGAACUGACGAGGAGAUGCGCGAUCGCGGUGUCUUGCGAAUCCAUCCCGCCUUCAGGCUGAUAGCCUUGGCCGAGCCGCCGGUCGUCAACAGCUCGUCCGGUCAAUGGUUGAACUCUGAGCUGCUAAGUUUGCUACUCUUUCACGAAAUGAGGCCGCUCGACAAGCGCGAGGAGAUUCAUAUUAUUCGAUCGAAGUUCGGGGAACCCAGCCAAGCGUUGCUAAGUAUCGUAGAACUAGCGCAUGUCCUACGCUCGUCUAACGAUCCGACCCUAUUAUCCUUGGCCGGGUCGCUCAGCACCCGGCAACUUCUGCGAAUCGCGGAGCGAAUGCACCGAUUUCGGUGCGAUGACGCUUACAACGCGGUGCAACGCGCGUGUCUGGCGCGCUUCUUGCCGGCGAUCGCGAAAGAGGCUCUCGAAGAUUCCUGCCGUCGCCUUGGCAUCGUUCCGCCCAAGUCCACGGCAGAUUCGACGAUCGAGUAUUCGGUUACGGAAGAUUCCGUAAAGAUCGGUGAUACCGUUGUAGAUCGGUAUCGUACCGCGGCGCUCAGUAAAGUACCCGACAUCGUGUUUUACGACGUGCCGGAACACGUCGCGCUCUUAGAGCGGCUGCUGCAGGACUUCAGUCUGGGGCAAAAUCUGCUGCUGGUUGGUAAUCAGGGCGUCGGCAAGAACAAGAUCGUGGACCGGCUGCUGCAACUGCUGAACAAGCCGCGCGAGUACAUUCAGCUGCAUCGCGACACGACCGUGCAAACUUUGACCCUGCAGCCGAUGGUCAGGGACGGCAAAGUCGUUUACGAGGACUCGCCGCUCGUGCAGGCCGUUAAACUGGGCCACGUCCUUGUUGUCGACGAGGCGGACAAAGCGCCCACGCAUGUGACGUGUAUAUUGAAAACCCUCGUGGAAUCGGGCGAAAUGAUUCUGUCGGACGGGAGACGAAUUGUUCCCCGUGUCAGCGGCAACGCCCGCAACGCAAACAGCAUACCCAUGCAUCCGGACUUUAGGAUGAUCGUGUUGGCGAACAGACCGGGUUUCCCGUUUUUGGGCAAUGACUUUUUCGGCGCUCUGGGAGACCUAUUCAGCACGCAUUCCAUCGACAAUCCGAGUAUACGAAGCGAGAUUCAGCUGCUGAAGCAGUACGGUCCGCACAUAGACGAGCGGACGAUACAUAAAUUAGUGAAAGCUUUCGGCGAGCUGAGAAGCAUGGCCGAUCAAGGUUUAGUCUCGUAUCCUUAUUCGACUCGAGAAGUUGUUAAUAUAGUUAAACAUCUAGAGAAAUUUCCAAACGAACCACUGAGCACUGUAGUGCGCAACGUAUUCGAUUUCGAUCGAUACAGCCAGGAAAUAUUCGACACUUUGGUAACCGUGCUACAUAAGCACGGAAUUCCCGUUGGAACGAGUCCAACCAAUGUCGCCUUAGCUAAGGAAAUACCUUUGCCCGAGAUGAAGGUCUGUGGUAGUUGGAACGUUUCGAGCACGUUCCAAAAUAUACCCGUUCAGGAAAGGUACGUUAAGCUGAAACCGCCAACAUUUCCGGCGCAGUACGAUCGAACUCUAGAUCGAGUUGAGGCCAGAUCGGCCUGGUUCACGGAACUGCAAAGUUACUGGACAAUACCCAUUAGCGAGAACAGCACGGUGACCGCUUUGGCGGUGGCGAAUGGAAAUAAAGGGGAUGGUACGGACGACAGGAUACACGUUCUUACGUCUAAUCCUUUGAGCUUAUUUAGCAUGACGCCGGAUUCCGAACAGAUUCGCGAAACAUCGUUGCAAGGUUUGAUCAGCCCCGUUAGAGGCAACAUGCCGUUCUAUAACGUUGCGGUCGACAAUCUCGGAGACGUAUUAGUUCACGAACAAACUAGCAAUUCUGUACUUGUGGUAAACGUAAACGAGGACUCGGUUCGAGAACUGCAGUUCUCGACUUUUCUGGAUGUCGCCAGCGACAGAAUUUCGAGCGCCUUCAGGAACAGGAAUUUUCAGUGGCAGAUGAAGGCGGAUCUACUCCAAUCGCAUAAUCUGAUUGUCUUGUAUACGCAGGACCACGACAAAAUCGAAGUUAUCAAUUUGCAGAGCAUGUGCGCUUACUCGAUGAGUUUGCCGUGCAACAUCGAGUCGAUCUUACUCGCGUCCGAUAGGAAAUGGUUAAUCCAGAGCGCGUCGAAGGACAAGUACGUCCUUACGAAAUCCUCAGAUUCUGAUCCAUGCCCGAACGUGUUACGCGAAUUGGAUGAGUCUAAUAGUGUCGAUCUAAAGACCGGCACUGUCUUGAAUUGCGGCAGGAGUAGCCUGCACAAAACAGAACUGAGCAAAGCUCUUCAGCAGAAAAUAGACUGUCCGAAUAGACUCCUAGUAACCGAUAACACGUACGCCGGCAUAGCGACGGGUUUCCCCGAUUUAGACAGUUCUAACGAGCUGCACUUUUGGCCGAGGAGAGGAAGAACGCGCAGUUUUAUAACGCCCAUCGUUAUGCAGAAUGGGCAGGUGAUUCGAACGGUGUCGCCUAGUCUAGUGCCCGACGAAGUUUAUCCAAAGGAUACGAAACACGCAGGAAUUUCCGGUUACUUGGAGAUAGUCGACAUGGUAAACCACAAGCUGCGAUACAUACCUAUUCCAGAACCGGUUAAUGUCUCGCCAUUGACGCAGUGGCUGUAUGCGAAGGACUUUCCGCUUUAUGCGUCAUUGACGUCGAACGAAGGUCUCGUCACAAUAGACGCCGGUGGCUGCGUCCGUUUAUGGGAAACGUCAAUUACGAAUAUAGAAAAGUCGUUAGGUGCGUGGCGUCAAAUGAUAGGCGCCGGCGAGGAGAAGAUACAGAUCACUAAAGAGAGGUAUUCCGGGCAGGACGUCAGCGGGCCGAAACACGGGAAAGUCGAUAAGAGUAAUGAACCACACGUGGGCGGUAACACUUGGGCUGGAGGAACUGGAGGUAGAGAUACAGCGGGUUUAGGUGGAAAGGGAGGUCCAUAUCGGCUGGACGCUGGACACACGGUGCAUCAGCUCAGUGACGAGGAGAAGAAUGCGGUGCCGGAACAUGUAAAGAAAGCCGCUCGCGAAAUGGGCCUUCGCGCGUUUAAGCAGCGACUCAAGGAUAUAAAAAUGAGCGAAUACGAUCACAAGUUGUAUACUCAGUUUAGCGAUGCGAUUCAUAAUCAGGUGCAGGCCCUGAGGGUCAUAUUAGGAUCGCUGCAGGCAAAGAGCAACGAGCGACAAUGGUGCAGGCAUCAGACAUCGGGCGAGCUGGAUGAUACGAAGUUAAUUGAGGGAUUAACGGGUGAGAAGACGAUAUAUCGACGCAGGGCGGAAAAAGAGCCGGAGAUAGGUGCUCCGCAAUUGAAGCCGAAGCGAUUGAAACUCGUCGCGGACGUGUCCGGCAGCAUGUACAGGUUCAACGGCUACGACGGUCGGUUGGAUCGCGAGUUAGAGGCCUGUGUCAUGGUAAUGGAGGCUUUCAGCGGAUACGAAGGUAAAUUUCAAUAUGACAUCGUCGGCCAUUCCGGCGACGAUUACCGUAUUGUCUUUGUCGAUCGUACACAACCGCCUACAGACAAUAAACGACGACUGGAAGUGAUUAAGACAAUGCACGCUCACUCGCAAUUUUGCAUGUCCGGCGACAAUACGUUGCAGGCGACGCAGCACGCAAUUGCGAGUCUGGCGAAGGAGGAUUCCGACGAAUCCAUCGUGGUUGUACUCUCGGACGCGAAUCUAGAUCGUUAUGGGAUCUCUCCUAAACGUUUCGCAAAAUUAUUAAUGUCUAACGCGGACGUGAAUGCCUAUGCGAUUUUUAUUGGAUCGUUGGGUGACCAAGCGACUCGGUUGAUGAAGGAGAUGCCUUCCGGUCGUGCGUUUGUAUGCAUGGACCUUAAGAAUAUACCACGAAUUCUGCAACAGAUAUUUGCCGCUUCGGUUUUAAGUACAACGCGAUCAACUUAACAUGAAUAAAUGAUUAGUGGAAUUAAACUUUUUCAUAGGAAAAUCGCUUAUAAUUAACAAAGUAUUUGAAAUACAUUUUCUUGGGAUAUAUGAUUUUGUACAGCGCAAUCACGUUUAUAUAACUAUUUCUGUAAAUUUCUGUAAAUAAAAAUGUUUAGAUGUCUUCUAAAAA